AGACGCCAGUUUAUUCACACCGAGUGUUCGGAUGCCCGCGUGGAAUAUAAUGCGGUGUUCUUCAAAUAGUUUCGUUUUUUAUUGACAGCCAGUGACAGUUUAGUGGCGAGUGGUUAUUGAAUCUAUUAUAAAUAGCACGUGGAAUAAUUAAAUUUCGCAAUGGAAGCCGCAGAAGAACUAAAUAAAAAGCCGAAAAGCGAUGGGAGCGAUGCACUGGAGUCAGUCAUUAUGCAUGUGGGUGAAAUGGGAUUAUACCAGAAGUUGUUAUUUGCAAUGAUGGCUCCGUUUGGGAUAUUCUUCGCAUUUGUGUAUUUCGUUCAAAUGUUUAUAACCGCAACGCCACAACGCCAUUGGUGUAGAGUACCAGAGCUGGAACAUCUGGAUAUGGAAGUGAGACGCAACUUAACAACACCAAUCAUAGGUGAUGAAUGGGAGAAAUGCUUGAUGUAUGACACUAAUUGGACAGAAGUUCUUAUUAAUAUGACUGCUCCUAUCACCGCUAACCUGAUUCCUUGCAGAGACGGCUUAGAAUUUGAACUUGGGGAUAUCCCAUACCAUACAGUUGUCAGUGAGCGAAGUUGGGUAUGUGAGAAAGCCAGCUAUGCACCAAUAGCUCAAGCCACCUUUUUCGCUGGUUCCACGGUCGGCGGUAUCCUCUUCGGCUGGAUAGCUGACUUCUAUGGCAGGGUGCCAGCUUUGGUUGGAGCCAAUAUAUUUGCAUUCGUUGGAAGUGUUGCUACAAUCUAUACAACUAGUUUAUGGGAUUUUAUCAUAUCUCGAUUCAUCGUCGGCAUGUCCUAUGACACUAUAUUUAUGGCUAUGUAUAUUUUAGCCUUAGAGUACGUUGGUCCCCGACACCGUACAUGGGUUGCAAAUAUUUCUAUCGCAAUUUAUUUUGGCGGUGGUUGUCUAAUGCUUCCCUGGAUAGCUUUAGCCGUUGGCGACUGGAAAAAAUUGCUCUGGUACACCAGUUUGCCUUAUCUCAUCGUUGUUUUUGUGCCUUUCAUUGUACCUGAAAGUGCUAGAUGGCUUGCGUCUCGGGGUAGAGUACAUCAGGCAGUAAAAGUCUUGAAGCGAUUUGAAAAAGUCAACGGCACUACAAUUCCUCAAGAUGUAUUGGAUGAUUUUAUUGUGUCUGCAAGUCAAACUCGUCAGAACAAGCAGGAGUCCAUCAAAACUGUUUUUAAGAGCGGCCCUCUCCGGAGAAUGAUGUUUCUAAUGGUGAUGGCAUAUAUGGCGUGUGCGAUUAUCUUUGAUGGCCUCGUGAGAAUGUCAGAGGGUCUGGGAUUGGAUUUCUUUAUCACAUUUACACUGACUUCAGCGACUGAAAUACCCUCUGUUACGCUAUUGGCAUUGGUAUUGGAUAGAUGGGGAAGAAGAAAUCUUGUAUGUGGACCUUUAAUAAUAUCUGGAACAUUAUGUUUUAUUGCAGCUUUUGUACCGAGAGGUAUUCCUCAAGUGUCUCUGGCGAUAAUGGCCAGAUUCAUGAUAAAUAUGGCGUAUAACUCCGCCAUGCAAUGGUGUACAGAGCUCCUACCAACCGCUGUGAGAGCUUCCGGAUCCUCACUUAUACAUGUCAGUGGAUAUGUGGCCACUUUUGUGUCACCGUUCGUCGUGUUUUCUGAAAGAAUAUGGCGUUCAUUACCACUCCUUAUCCUGAGUGUUAUAGCAAUGACAGCGGCUGUUUUUGGUUUUAUGCUACCAGAGACAAAGGGCAGACCGAUGCCACAAACAAUAGAAGAGGGUGAAAGAAUUGUACGGAGCUACACAUUAUGCGGAAGUACUCCAGUAGACGAGACGGAAGCAGACAAUGAUAAAGAAAAAGCCCUUGACACAUUAGCACUUACUUAAUUCAGAUAUUCAACUGUAUCCUAUAAAGGAAACCCUGAAUUUUAAAAAGGAUAUAUUGUACAAUUUGGUUUGGUUCGCAAUUAAGCCACUUGCAAAGAAUGUUUGGUUAUUUUAAUUAUUGUAAAUUUAUUCUGUAAACUAAAAAUACUAAUUGAUUUAGAAGAGACUUAAUAAUUUUUAGAUACAUGUUUAAUACGAACAAAACCUAUUGUCAAAUUGUUGACGAAAUAGAUAUUGUAUUUAGAACUGAGACCGCUCUUAACGCACAACUAACACCGCAUACGUGAUUAAAGAUUUCAAAGUACACGGAUUCAAUAAUAAAAAAAGAAAGCGCUUUUCUAUUACAACGCACAGAACUAUUCAAUAAACUAUUUUUUAAACAGAUUAUUACUAUAAGAGUAAGAUCUCGUAAUGGUGUUAAUUCUAGUAAUUAGUCAUAGAUAUAAAACAUUUAAAUUGACAUAAUUAAACUAAAAAUGAAGUCAUAUUUGUACCGAUAUUUGCGAGUUACUAUUUUUUGCUAUUCACUGACGCCUAGACACUUAGUCCGUAGAGUCGAGAUAUUGAAUAUUGCGUCAGUCUACGAAUAACAAAAAUAUAUUUCAGGAUAAAAAUAAAAUCCAAACAGACUGUUAACCCGUCUAGUUUACAUUGAAUUAACACCAGUCUGUUGUGAAAUGCCUUAAUUAAAAUUAAGUAAAUAUUAAGAUAUGUUGUUGACUUUAAAUCGCUAUAAGUUUGUUUAAAGUUAUGACAGUAUAUUAAUAAUUAAACAUGAACGCUGUUCAAAUUACGGUGCUUUUUUAUAUUUAUUUGACUGAAUGUAUGUGUGUCUAAGUAUGUAUUUAAGAAAAUGUGAAAUUCAGUAAAAGGAAUAUUUAAAAAAUAUGUCGCCUUUUUCCAAAAGCACUAGCAAAUUUAGGUGUAGUUUUCAAAUAUAUAUGAGAUUAUUAUUAUGUAUCCGUAACAUAAAAGAUGUAUGUUAUAAAACUAAAUGGCCUAUGAUAAACAUUACAGUGGCAAAUAAAAGUCGCGUAAUUAUUAAAUUUAUUUAAAGUUGAAAUUUACGAUGACUUGAACUACAGUCCCUGGUAAGAUAAAAAUUAUCUAAAUGCUAAUUUAAAGCCUAUAAAAUAAAUUGGAGGAGUUUUACUAUUCUACGUCUUAUAUACGUAUAUGAACUUAAAAAUUAAAUAGUUUUAAAGUACCGA